AUGGCUCUACCACGUCUCCGGCAAAGUUCAUGGAGCGCAAGAGCAGAGUCUUUAGACGCCGUCAGUUUGUCAGCAGUAUCAGGUGGAGAUGCGACACUUCCUUGUGAUACCCACUCACCGCAACCUCCAGACGCUUUGCUGUUAGUCGUUUGGUACAAAGAUGACGUGCCGGUUUAUAGUUACGAUGGUCGAGUAAAGGGGCCCUCAGCUCACUGGGCAGACGAUACUCUAGCAGGCCGCGCACGAUGGCUAGCUACACCACACUCUGCUCUUCAAAUACGUGACGUGGUGCCAUCAGACCGCGCCCUUUACCGCUGCAGGGUCGAUUUCAAAGUGUCCCCUACAAGAAACUAUAAGUUCGUGCUCAAUGUGAUUGAAUUGCCGGAAAAGCCGAAAAUAUUUGACGAGCAGGACAAUGAAAUUGUGGGUGUAGCUGGGCCGUACAUAGAAGACACUAGUCUUAAACUUACCUGUGUUGUAAGUGGAGGUAAACCAAUACCACGUCUGCGCUGGUGGAGAGACGAUAAAGUAAUUGCAACAUUAGCUCCAGUAGAGGACGGAUCGCAUCUCAGCUUGCUUGAACUGAAGAUACCGAAAUUAAAGCGAGAGUAUUUUGAAGCAGUAUAUACAUGUACGGCAGACAACACAGCACUUGUACCUUCGUUGAGAGCAAGUGUACAAAUUCAGAUUUAUCUGCGACCAUUACUGGUAGAAAUUCUGGCGAGGGAUCAGCCGCUGUCAGUUGGUCAAGAGGCAGUGAUUGCUUGCAGAGCUAUCGGCGCUAGACCCCCAGCAAUCAUAACUUGGUGGAUGGACGAUAAACAAAUAAUCGUUAAUGAACCUCAAAAGAACUCCGACGAUUUUAAUGAAACAAUAUCAUUUUUGCGAUGGACUCCACGAAUGGAACACGAUGGGCACGUACUUACCUGUCGAGCAUCUCAUGCAAAACUGGAACACACUAAUAUUGAGACCACUAUGUCACUCAACUUGCAUUAUGUACCUAUCGUUGCUUUGCAAUUGGGAUCCAAGCUUAAUCCUAACGACAUCGAAGAAGGUGACGACGUUUACUUUGAGUGUGUCGUACGCGCCAAUCCUCCAGCUUACAAAGUAGUUUGGGAACAUAACGGUCAAGUAAUGACGCACAAUCAGCGCGCCGGCGUCAUAGCAGGCUCAGCGCAUUUAGCUUUACAAGGUGUGUCGAGAGAACAAGCGGGGAGAUACGUGUGUACCGCCUCCAAUGUUGAGGGGGAUGGAAGAUCUCUUCCUGUAAACCUUUUAAUAUUAUAUAAACCCAUUUGUAAAAAUAGUCAGACCGUCAUCAUAGGUGCAGCUAUUAAUGAAGCAGCGAACGUUAAAUGUGAAGUUGACGCUUUUCCUGCACCGAAAAAUUUUCAGUGGACGCUUAACAAUACAAUGGGGACUGUGGAGCUAGAACCAGGAAAGUUCACAAUAGAUAGUACCGGCCGGUCCAUUCUCUCAUAUACACCAACUGCGGACACGGACUACGGAUCUCUAGCGUGCAGAGCAACAAACCUUGCUGGCCAGCAAAUUGAACCGUGCCGAUAUACAUUAUUACCAGCCGUAAAACCUGACUCACCAACUAAUUGUUCCACCUUGAACUUGACUGACGAUUCGGCAGAACUUCGUUGUGUUGCUGGCUACGACGGUGGCCUUCAAACUACCUAUAUUGUUGAAGUUUGGGAGACGGAUACGUUGAUAGCCAACGUGUCAACUGCUACGCCUGUGUGGAAACUUCGUGGACUUGGCUCUGGAAAAGCAUUAGAGCUUAUAUUUUACGCAAGCAAUGCACGUGGAAGAUCAGAAAUUACAACAUUGAGAGUGCAUACACUUUCAAGACUAGCUUUACAAACCGAAGCUAAUACAGGAAGCACCAACGUGGAUAGUGGUUGGGCGCUGGGUAUUGUUGCGGGAAUAGUUGGAACACUUAUUGCAAUUGCAAUAAUUGCUUUAGUUGCAAGAAGGAAACACCACCGCCCGUUGCAAUAUGAAGCAUCAAUGCAGUCUGUUAAAGCUUGCAAAGGGUCGAUACAGACCGUGAACCAUUCGCCGCUUCAACCUGACGACAAGAACCCGGAUGUGGUGCCGCUUGGUAAAGAUUUCAACAGCACACGCGACGCAGAACGUCCACCUGAACCACCCCCCUACGGGGCAGUUGUGUCGCCCCCUGUGGGGUCAUCUAAGAGUACACAUAGCUUGCACGAUGUUCGCUCUAAUACUCCGAAUACACCUGCAUCAGAUAUUCACAGCAUUGGAACACUUACGGAAGAUCGCCGAAGCGUAACCAGUGGGACGUUAUCACGACGUAGAGAAGUAGUUACCACGAGAACACCGCUUUUAGCCAACGCAAGAGAAAGUUGCGUUUAG